AUGACCCAAAAGAGCGUACGCUUCGCUAAAACGAAGAAACUCGAUCAAUUACUUGAUGAUAGUCGCUUUAGGAUUGAGUCAGAGCCUAUUGACGAAGAAAGGUUGAACGCUCAAGAAUGCCUUGAUCUAUUUGUGAAAGGUGAUUUAAAGGGCUGCAUUGAGCUAAUGUACCUCAAUGGACUUCUUUCGGAUGAAAAAAUGGGCAACUCGAUGGAAUCAUGGCAAUUAAUGAUGGAUUGUAUUAGUCAACUUGAAAAUGUGUCGUUGUUGGGUACAAGUAUUGAGAGGACGUUAACACAGUGGUUUAGUCAAGAACAUGAGCUUCAAAGGUUGGUCAUGAAACAACCUUUGAAUGAGCAGUUGAAUACUAUGUAUCAAUUUUACUACUCUUCGUUAAGAUUUUGGAAACAAAAUAUGAAAAGGUAUUACGAACACAUCGACGCAAUUUCAAUUUCCUGCAGAGAGUUAGUGUUACAGACUUCUAGAAGAUGCACAACACCUCAAGAAAUCCAACAACUCGCACAGCUACUCGAUUUUCUAAUAUUUGACGUGCAAGUCGAUACUUUGAAGAAAGCGGUAAAUUUGUCAAUGUACACUCGCUUUUGCCAGUUAGACAACCAGUUGGAAUCCAAAUUCAAGAACAACAAAUUAGAAACAGCAUCAACAGAUAUAGACGCUUAUUUCAGACAGAAAAUACAAUUCAGAAUGCCAAAACAGAAACAAAAAAAGACAAUAAUACCUGUGAAAUCCCCUAAUAUUACAACAUUGUCAUCUCAUACAGAUCCCAAAUUCAAUUCUACCCAAAGUGAGACCCUUCAGAAAAACCCAGAAAAAGGAAUUAUACAGUCAUCUUUUAUGGUUCCAAUUCUACGACAAAUAAGAAGGUAUAUACCCAAUUGGUCGCCUCAUUUCGUCGCCUCAAUUAUCCUCUUUGCCAUUUCCGUAAUUCUUCCAGUUGCAAGAAGAUCUGUAACUUUUAACGUAUUAUGGAAACAUAGCAAAGACAAAGUCGCAACUGCAUUGACACUACUAACAAAUGUAUUAAAUACUCUAGCAUCACUGUGA